GACAAACUGUUGAUGACAAGUAGAAAACAACAUAGUAAACGUACACACCCAUACGUUCAGCACGCUGUAACUGCGCACUAUUCUUAUUCAAUCUACAAAAUCAGUUGGAUAUACACAUUCAUUUAAGAAUACAUAAAAGUUUCAGGAAACAAUGGUCGACCAGCGAAUGUCAAUCUUGCUGUUGGUUUGUGGGUUUGCGGUGCAUACAACAUUGGCGCAAUGGCCACUUGGUCCUGACUUCUUCAACAACAUGAACGCUAUGGUGACCAACAUGAAUACCAUGGGAUCCAACCUACAGGUUAUGGGUGACUCAAUCCGGAUCAACGGACAGGCGAUGGUAGAGGACGACAAGGUUAGGGCGGCAGAGGGCGUGGCGUUCGCGGGUGGUCGAGUCUUCUACUCAGCAAAUGGCGGGCUUGGAUACGCGUAUAAUUCGUCUGAUGGUGCUUACACUCAGUACUCAAUGGACGGCGGAAGUCCACCCCACGGCUAUAUGUACCACACAGGGCCGUCCGGAACGUCCAUCCGUACUUGGGAAACCAUGGUGAUCGAGCAACUGUCGGUCUUGCUGUUGGUGUGUGGGUUUGCCGUUCAUACAGCAUGGGCUCAAUACCAUUUUACUGCUUUUACGGGGCCUCUUGGUCCAGACUUCCACAACGACAUGGAUGCAUUGAGGACAAACCUGAACACCAUGAAGACCAACCUCAAAUCCAACCUUAACUUGAUGGAAAGCAACCACAAGACCAACAUGAACACGAUGAAGUCCAACCUCAAAGCCGACCUGAACACGAUGAAGGCCAACCUCAAAGCCAACCGCAACACGAUGAAGGCCAACCUCAAAUCCAACCGCAACAAGAUGAAGGCCAACCUCAAAGCCAACCGCAACAAGAUGAAGGCCAACCGAAACAAGAUGAGGAGCAACCUUAAAGCCAACCGCAACAAGAUGAAGGCCAACCGCAAAGCCAACCGCAACAAGAUGAAGGCCAACCGCAAAGCCAACCGCAACAAGAUGAGAUCACGCCUGCAGGUGAUUGGUAAUAUCAUCCGGAUCAACGGACAGGCAAUGGUAGAUAACGACAAGGCUAGGGCCGCAGAGGGGGUGGCGUUUGCGGGUGGUCGUGUCUUCAACUCUACCAAUGGCGGAUUUGGAUACGCAUAUAAUUCGUCGGAUGGUUCCUACACCCAGUACGCAAUGGACGGCGGAAGUCCACCCCAUGGUUACAUGUACCACACAGGGCCGUUCGGAACGUCCAUCAGCACUUGGUGAGGCGGACGUGCAACAAAAGCCUACUCAAUCUAGAUUUAUUGGACCUUUUUGGAUAUUUUGGCAUAUCAUCAUGGUGUUUAUGAUAUGGACGCUUACAAUAUCUUUGUAAACUUGUAUAUGUUGGCCAAUUUGAAGCAAAUUAAAAUCUACAGGUCUACAAAAAAUACAGAUUUGUGCAACAUGUGUAGGCAUUUUAUACAGUUUUCCUUCCUUUUUGUAUUUAUGGCAUAGAGCAAUAUUUUAUUCAUAUUUAUUUUCAUUUCGUGUUUGAUCUUAUUUACGAUGGAUAAAAUUUAAAAAAAAAUGAGAUGUGCAUUCAUUUUGUAUUCACCUAUGGACAUUUCGUAAAUAAAACUUGUCAACAUG